AUGGCAGAAGGUUAUUAUCACCACCACCACAUAUUGACACAUUCUCUUACUCAGAAAGAAAUAACAGAGCUAACUUAUUUUGUGAGUAAUUUAGUUCAAAAACAAGCACUGCAAUGUAGAAAUGGAAAUCAGGUAUUUGAAAUUGGAACUGUUCAAGAACAAAAUCAAAGGGGCUAUAUGUAUGAAAAUGCAACUAAUAAUACAGACAAAAUAGGUUGCCUCUUCACAAGCAAAAGCAUAACUUUGUGCUGCCAAUUUUCAUCAAAUGGGAAGUAUUUGGCAAGUGCAGAUUGGCAGAUUUUUGUUUGGGAUGUUGGAACUUUAAGCUCUCAGUCUACUUUAACUGCUCAUUCAUCUUUCAUCACCGAUAUUCGGUUUCAACCGAAUUCAAGUAUUUUUGCAUCUUCUUCAUUUGAUGGAACAGUGAAGAAGAUAUGGGAUGCAGCCAGAAGUGCUGCAAACCAUAUUCGAUUCCAACCCAACAAUGGAAAGCUAGCUUUUGCAUCAGGAAAUGGAGUUGGUUUUUUCAACACUCAGACUAGAAAUGUUGUGUUCACUAAGAAGGUACAUAAGGAAACUGUUCAUUUAGUUUGUUGGGAUUAUUAUGGGGAACAUGUUUUUUCUAUGAGUGAAGAUAGAGUUCAAGUUUGGUCAUUAUCUAAAGGAGAAUGUAUGUAUCAGAUAGUUUCAAAUGGAAAUACUUACCAUGCACAAUUCUUAUUUUUAUGUUUUUUAUUUGAGCAGAGCCUGAAGUUAUGGAAUGAUAUUGGCCGAAUGAGGACAUCAUUUGGAGCUCAUGGUGGAAAUGUUAGAGCUCUAGCUGAAUCAAAAGAGACUAAUAUGAUUGCCUCAGCUGGCGAUGAUCACUGUGUGAAUUUAUGGAAAGGAAAAUCCACCAAUGCAAGUAAUUAUUGA